UUUUAUUUUUUUCAGAAACAAAAAACUAUGAGAAGAACCGUUGUUUUGUUUUGAAGUGUGCCAAAAUCCCGCCAAACCAAUGCAUACAUACUACUUAUAUAUAUUACAUCGUACUGUGUCUCGCCGCCUUUAUACAACUUCUUCCAUUUCCACAAUCCAAAUGAAUUCCACAAAGAAACUAACAUUUUCCCAUAUUUUCCAAAAAUGUUCAAAUCUUAAAUCUCUCAAUCCUGGCAAACAAGCUCAUGCCCAAAUGAUAGUAACCGGUUUUGUUCCCACCAUUUAUGUUUCCAACUGUUUACUUCAAUUUUAUUGUAAAUGUUCCAAUAUGAAUUAUGCAUUUAACGUGUUCGAUAAAAUGCAUCACAGAGAUGUAAUCUCUUGGAACACUAUGAUAUUUGGUUUUGCUGGAAUUGGAAACAUGGGCUUUGCACAGUUUUUGUUUGAUUCAAUGCCUGAGAGAGAUGUUGUUUCAUGGAACUCUUUGCUCUCGUGUUAUUUACAAAACGGGAUUCAUCGGAAGUCGAUUGAGGUUUUCAUUAAGAUGAGAUCGUUGAAGAUUUUACAUGACUAUGCUACUUUUGCAGUUGUUUUGAAAGCGGGUACUGGUAUUGAAGACUAUGGUUUAGGACUUCAGGUGCAUUGUCUUGCGAUUCAGAUGGGUUUUGAGAGUGAUGUUGUAACAGGUACUGCUUUAGUAGAUAUGUAUUCGACGUGUAAGAAACUAGAUUAUGCUUUAAAGGUUUUCAAUGAAAUGCCGGAAAGAAAUUCGGUGUGUUGGAGUGCUUUAAUUGCAGGGUAUGUUAGGAAUGAUAGGUUUAUUGAAGGAUUAAAUUUGUAUAAGGAUAUGCUGCAAGAAGGUUUGAAGGUGAGUCAAUCAACGUUUGCUAGUGCAUUUAGGUCUUGUGCCGGAUUAUCUGCAUUUGAAUUAGGUACGCAGUUGCAUGCUUAUGCUCUAAAGACAAAUUUUGGAUAUGAUAGUAUAGUAGGAACUGCGACAUUAGACAUGUAUGCUAAAUGUGACAGAAUGUCUGAUGCUCGAAAGGUAUUUAACAUAUUCCCGAACCCUACUCCGCAAUCUCAUAAUGCCAUUAUUGUUGGAUAUGCACGACAAAAUCAAGGUCUUGAAGCUUUAAAGAUAUUUAAAUCUUUACAGAAGUCGUAUCUUGGCUUCGACGAAAUUAGUUUGUCCGGUGCUUUGACUGCAUGUUCGGCAAUCAAAGGCUAUUUGGAGGGGAUUCAACUACAUGGAUUAGCAGUCAAAUGUGGUUUGGAUUUUAAUAUAUGUGUUGCAAAUACCAUUUUAGACAUGUAUGCAAAAUGUGGAGCAUUGAUAGAAGCUUGUUUCAUAUUUGAUGAGAUGGAAAGAAAGGAUGCUGUGUCUUGGAAUGCAAUUAUUGCUGCUCACGAGCAAAACGAAGAAGUUGAAGAAACACUUUCGCUUUUUGUGUCCAUGCUGCGGUCAACCAUGGAACCCGAUGAUUUUACUUUUGGCAGUGUUGUAAAGGCGUGUGCUGGUCAGCAAGCUUUGAACUAUGGUACGGAGAUCCAUGGAAGAAUAAUUAAGUCUGGUAUGGGGUUAGACUGGUUUGUUGGAAGCGCCAUUAUUGAUAUGUAUUGCAAAUGCGGAAUGCUAGAGGAGGCAGAAAAGAUCCAUGAGAGAUUGGAAGAGCAAACAACUGUUUCUUGGAAUUCAAUCAUUUCAGGAUUCUCGUCGCAUAAGCAAGGCGAAAAUGCUCUGAGGUAUUUUUCUCAGAUGCUACAAGUAGGUGUAAUACCUGACAACUUCACAUAUGCUACAGUUCUUGAUAUCUGCGCUAAUUUGGCUACUGUCGAACUUGGAAAGCAGAUUCAUGGACAAAUUUUAAAGCUUCAGCUUCAUUCGGAUGUGUAUAUAGCCAGCACUAUUGUAGAUAUGUAUUCGAAAUGUGGAAAUAUGCAAGAUUCCCGAGUAAUGUUCGAGAAGGCACCUAAGCGCGAUUACGUGACUUGGAGCGCGAUGAUUUGCGCAUACGCAUACCAUGGACUAGGAGAAGAUGCCAUUAAAUUAUUUGAGGAGAUGCAGCUUCUGAAUGUGAAACCAAAUCAUACGAUUUUCAUUUCAGUCCUCAGAGCUUGUGCACAUAUGGGUUUUGUAGACAGAGGGCUACAUUACUUCCGUAAAAUGCGAAGUCACUAUGGUUUAGAUCCUCAAAUGGAGCACUAUUCAUGUAUGGUAGAUCUACUAGGGAGGUCAGGCCAAGUAGACGAAGCUUUGAAGCUUAUCGAAAGCAUGCCUUUUGAAGCUGAUGAUGUAAUAUGGAGAACUUUACUCGGUAUUUGUAAGUUGCAAGGGAAUGUAGAAGUUGCAGAAAAAGCAGCCAAUUCAUUAUUGCAGUUGGACCCUCAAGAUUCUUCUGCGUAUGUUCUUUUGUCGAAUGUAUAUGCUAUAGCAGGUAUUUGGAGCGAGGUUGCGAAAAUAAGAAGUUUCAUGAAGAACUAUAAGUUAAAGAAAGAGCCUGGAUGUAGCUGGAUUGAGGUAAGAGACGAGGUACACGCGUUUCUUGUUGGAGACAAGGCACAUCCCAGAUCUGAGGAGAUAUAUCAGCUAACUCAUUUGCUUGUGGAUGAGAUGAAGUGGGACGGAUAUGUUCCCGAUAUCGAUUUCCUUCUUGAUGAAGAAGUGGAUGAACAAGUUCCUCCGUAUGAGGGGCACGAAACUGCAAUGUGUAGUGUGAGAUAAUGUAGAAAAUAAUUCAGACACUACUUAUAAUGGCUUAAUGGAGAUUUCUACAUUUUGCUGACAAUAAAGCAACAGGCUAAAGGAACUGAGCAACUUGAAAAGAAAGUGGGAGCCAAAUUGAAUUUCAGAUUGCCCUGUACUGAAUAGUUGCUUGAGUUGUGAUGUUUCACAUGCUGGAAAUGAGGUCUAGAUUCCCGCACAUCGAAUGGUGGCUUGAUUAAGCAGACUCUCGAGUCUCGACAAAGCAAUCUGAGUCGGCUGGAUAUGGUGGCGUUUUAGAGUGUACCAAUGGGUUUGGAUGGUUUUUCCAACAGUCUGGUUGCCUAAUGGCCAUUUUACAAUGUCUCCGAAGGAAUCUGAACUUUGUUUCUUGAGGUUAUCUAAUCAAACUUACCAUUGAGCUAACACAUCAUGGAGAUGGGGAUAAUGUAUAUCUCGAAAGGAAAAACAUGUGAUUUUUGAACUAGAUUCUAAAGAGGCUCUUCUUUUUAUUCAUAAGCCAGAUACUCAUUUUCAUACCAUAGGAUUGAUACAAACAGAUUUAUGCAGCCAUCAAAUGGAACUGAUGGGUAUCCAAGCCACACUCUUUUGACGUGGAGGGAACUUUUAGCAGUGAUUUUCUGACUAAACUUGUAGUUGACAAACCAUGUUCUCUAGAACAGAUAUUCAAUAAUUGCAAAUGGAAUAAAAGGGAUGAUUUUAUCGUCA